AUGCCUUCAACAUCCAAUGGAGUUGAAUCAGCAUCAAUCAAUGCACAUAUUAAAACUGUAGCACAUAAGGUAAUUUUGGCAACAGCAAUUAUUCUGGUAAGGGACUCGGUGGGUGCAUUUAAAGUAGGAAGAGCAUUGUUAGAUUCAUGUUCACAGGUGAACUUAAUGACUGAAUCCUUCGUUAAUAUGCUGAACUUACAGAAGAAAAAGACAUCAGUAGAAGUUGUCGGUGUUGGGUGUAUGUCCUCGAAAUUAAAGUACGAGACUCAAACGACAAUUCGAUCGCGAUUUAAUGAUUCAGAAUUUGAUUUGAACUUUCUCAUUUCAAAUCGCCUGUCUGGGUAUCAGCCUGACUCAGCAUUAGAUAUUCGCUCUUGGCAAUUACCGUCGAAAAUCAAUUUAGCUGACGAGCACUUUCAUAAUUCCCAAUCCAUUGACAUGUUAAUAGGAGCUGAUUGCUUCUUCGAAAUGUUACGCAGUGGGCAAUUAAGGUUGGGCCGUAAUUUACCAAUGUUACAAGAAACAGUUUUAGGUUGGAUAGUGUCAGGAUGGUAUAAUUCUUCGAAACAUGUUAUCAAUAAGUCAUAUCAUAUAACCAAAGUGGACACUGAUAUCGAAUCAAUCAAUAAAAACUUAGAGUAUUUGUGGUUAUUACAAGACACAGCUAGUAUACGUAAGAAGUGGAACGAAGAAGAGCAACUAUGUGAAGAUGCAUUUGUAAAAACUACUACCACUUUACCAGAUGGUAGAAUUGAGGUUCAAUUACCGUUUAAAGAAUCGCCUUUAUUACUCGGAGACUCGUACAAUGUAGCAUUAAAGCGUUUUCAUUCGUUGGAAAGACGUUUAUCCCACAAUUGUGAUUUAAAGUAUCAAUAUACCAACUUUGUGAAAGAGUAUGAGCAGUUAAAUCAUUUGACGGAAGUGCAAAACGUAAAUUUGAAACAGCCUCAUUAUUUUAUACCUCACCAUUACGUACUCAAACCAAGUAGCACAACCACGAAAUUACGAGUGGUGUUUGAUGCAUCAUCAAGUACAACGAGUCAAAAAUCAUUAAACGAUAUUCUUCUGACAGGACCAACUAUACAAUCGGAAUUAUAUUUGCAUAAUGAUUCGAAUACAUCCUGUCGUUCGUAUCAGCAAAUUUUAUGGCGAGAGACUGAAGAUAAUCCGAUUCGCGUGUUUCAGUUGAAUACAGUAACCUACGGUUUAUCCGCGUCACCUUUCUUGGCGAUAAGGAGUCUUCAAUAUAUCGCGGAAAAAUGGGAAACCGAAUAUCCAGUGGGUUCACAUGUGCUAAAAAACCAUUUCUACGUGGACGAUAUGUUAACGGGAGCUGAUGACUUCCAUGAACUACAAAUAACACAAUACGAAGUUACGUCAAUAUUAAAAAAAGCUGGUAUCGAAAUUGCAAAAAUACAGUCAAAUCAUCCAUCUUUCAUCACCAAUAAUAAUGAAUUAAAAGACUUAAAUUUACAUGAACCAGCAAUUACAAGUACGCUUGGCAUAAAAUGGGAUUCAAAUCAGGACCAGUUUUUAUUUUCGUAUAAUCCGAGCAAGACAUACACGUCGUUAACCAAACGCUCAAUUUUGUCGAUCUCGUCGUCUAUCUUCGAUCCGAUGGGAUUGAUUGCUCCUAUAAUUAUUAAGUCACGAGUGUUAUUGCAAGAUUUAUGGAUUAUGAAGAUAGACUGGGAUACAGUAGUUCCGCAACAAAUUGGAAUUAAAUUCGAAAAUUUCAUUAACGACCUAAAUAAUUUGAAAUCGAUUAAAAUACCUCGAUAUGUAUUACAAACAGAUAUCAUCAACAUGCAACUACAUGGAUUUUGUGAUGCUUCAAUUCGAGCAUAUGGAUGCUGUUUUUAUGUGCGGGUUUGUAAUCAACAAGGACAUAUUUCAGUAAAUUUAUUAACGGCACGAAGUCGGGUGGCUCCGGUAAAGAAAAGAACCCUACCUCAAUUAGAACUUUGUGGAGCGCUUAUACUAGCUCAACUAUAUAGCAAAAUUGCGCCGAUAUUUAGCAAUAUACAUUUCCAAACAUUUCUAUGGACAGAUUCGACUGUCGUAUUACACUGGUUGCAACACCAUUCCUCCACAUUAACAACGUUCGUGGGAAAUCGAAUUUCUGAAGUACAAGAACUUACUGCAACUUGUUCUUGGAGACAUGUUCCGACGUCAAUUAACCCCGCUGACGUAAUAUCACGAGGAUGUUCAACUAGCGAAUUAUUGAAAUCCAACUGGUUAUCAGGGCCAGCAUUUCUAAAUCGAGAGUAUGAGGAAUGGCCAGAUUCAUGUAUAAGUAACACUCAAUGCAAACGAGAAGUAGAUGGUGCAAUUCGGAAAAUAGUUAUGAUAUGUGAAACACCCACAAAUCAAGUGCUACAAUUCAUAGAUCGGACCAGCUCAUAUCUUAAAGUUCUUCGUGUUAUUGGUUGGUUACUUCGUGUGCGUAACCGAGUUAAACAAAGGGGUCCUGAUCAUCAACAUAAUUUCACUAGUGAUGAGUUACGACAUUCUUUACAUUGCAUCAUCUGGAUCAUUCAAAGCGAACAUUUCUCUAAUGAAAUUCAUUGUAUAAACAACAACGUGGAAAUUAAGACUUCGUUGAAAACUCUUAGUCCCUUUAUUCAAGAGGUGGAUGGAUUUCCAUUGCUUCGUGUUGGUGGACGCCUUAUGCAUGCGAGUAUUUCAGAAGAAAGAAAACACCCUUUUUUAUUACCAAGACAUUGUCAUUUCGUUGAGACUUUGGCUAGACAUCAUCAUAUUGAAAAUUAUCAUGCCGGGUCUAAGGCGUUAAUUGCAAUUUUACGACAACGAUAUUGGAUCGUCAAUGCCAGAGGAUUAACUAGGAAGAUCGUACAUAAUUGUAUCAGCUGCAUACGUUAUAAACCAAAAUUGUUAAGCCAGAUAAUGGGAGAUUUGCCUGCUUCCCGUGUGACGCCAGGCAAACCAUUUGAAAAAUGCGGAAUUGACUUCUGUGGGCCUAUUUCUACUUAUUUGAAAAUUCGAGGAAAACAGCCCUAUAAAUGUUAUAUAGCAAUUUUCGUGUGUUUCACAACUAAAGCCGUUCAUAUUGAAGCAGUAACAGAUCUGUCGUCAAAUGCAUUUAUUGCAGCGCUAAAAAGAUUCAUUGGUCGCAAAGGACUACCUGCAGAAAUUUAUUGUGAUAACGCUACGAAUUUUGUAGGAGCCAAUACAAAACUGGUUGAACUUAAACGAAGCUUUGCUAGUGAAGCGUAUAAAAAUCAUGUCAUUAAUUUCUGUUCAAAUAAAUCAAUAUCCUUUAACUUUAUUCCACCUAGAGCACCACAUUUUGGAGGUAUCUGGGAGGCCGCCGUGAAGUCUGCAAAGGGGCACAUGUAUCGUACGCUGGUGAACAGCAAGUUAACAUAUGAAGAGCUCACUACCGUUCUCGUAGAAAUCGAAGCAAUCUUGAAUUCCAGACCGAUUUCACCUGUGUCGUGGGAUGCGAAUGACUUCGAAGCUUUGACACCAGGUCAUUUUUUGAUUGGGUGUCCCAUGAACUGCAUCAGUGAACCAAACAUUAAUCAAAAUGUAGAAGUGUCAUACCUCGAACGAUGGCGGCGCAUUACUGCAGUGAAACAACAAUUUUGGAGCAGGUGGUCAAACGAGUAUCUCAACGAACUGAUUCAGCGCAAUCGUUGGACUAAGGUUAGCAAUAAUUUACAGACUGGGACGCUUGUUUUGAUUCAUGAAGAAAACAUGCCACCAAUGGUAUGGGUGACAGGUCGCGUAACAAAAACCAUCCAGGGCAAGGAUGGUAAAGUUCGUGUUGCCGAUAUCCAGACAAAAAAGGGGAUCGUUCGUCGUCCAGUUCAAAAACUUGCUAUUCUAUGUGAUCCUUGA